GAAUUGUACAAAUAGUCUCUAUGUAUAUUCUUAAUUUGUUGAGCGUCAGUAAGUAUAUCCCAAGAUACACACUCAGGCGGCAUUAUAUUAAUUGUUUUUAUGCAGUCCUGCGAUGCAUCAUUGUUGUUGGAAACAGCAAACGGAAUUGAAUCGGAGCAGGAAUCUGAUAGGAGUUUUGGGAUGAGAAAUUUCAAGUAUGUCGGAACCAUCAAAGAGGCCCUGGAGAAAGAAUGCCCCAUGACAGUUUCUUGUGCUGAUACUGUUGCUCUUUCAGCUAGAGACGGAAUUGUCAUGCUAGGAGGACCACGCAUUGAAAUGAAAACUGGCCGGAGAGAUAGCCGGGAAAGUUACCUGACGGAGGUAGAAACAGCCCUCCCUAAUCACAACGACUCAAUGUCAUCUGUACUAUCUACUUUUCAAUCCAUUGGCAUCGACACUGAAGGAACUGUUGCACUGUUAGGGGCACAUUCCGUGGGACGAGUCCACUGUGUCAACUUAGUUCACAGGCUCUACCCCACUGUUGAUCCAACACUGGACCCUGAUUAUGCUGAGUACCUGAAGGGAAGGUGUCCUACGCCGGAUCCUGACCCAAAAGCGGUGCUGUACGCUAGGAACGACCUCGAAACGCCCAUGAUUCUUGACAAUUUCUACUACAAGCACUUGUUAGAACACAAAGGACUGCUCUUAGUGGACCAGGAGCUGGCUUCUGAUCCACUUACAUCUCCUUUUGUGGAGAAGAUGGCCGCCGAUAAUGGGUAUUUCCACGACCAAUUUGCCAGGGCCAUUUUUUUGUUGUCGGAAAACAAUCCGCUCACCGGCGAUCAAGGAGAAAUUAGGAAGGAUUGUCGUUAUGUCAAUCAAUUGGAUUCCUAAUUAAGAAAACAAAUUAACUACC